CUAGUAAAAAUGGACAAACCAACAGCUGACCCUCCUUCCAACCUCACUUACCUCAACUCCCUGUCUUCCCUGGCCAGAGUGCCUCAGUCCCAGACAGAGAGAGAGAUCCAACACAGGUUGCAACUUUCCUCUCCUAAAGGAUACUAACACAGCCUGACACAUUGCAGAACCAGAGAUGGACCUGGGGAGGAAGGUUAGCGCACCAAAGGAAAUCAUGUUGGAAGAACUUUCCUCAGCUUCAAAUAGGGGUUCUCGUCUCUUCAAGAUGCGUCAGAAACGCUCCGAUAAAUAUACCUUUGAAAGUAUUCAGAAUGAAGUCAACAUGCAACAUUGUAUUGAUGCCAUUCCUCCUGGUCAAAAUACUGAAAUGACAGACAUUUUAAGUAAUGCAAAUGGUCUUGGAGCUGACCAGGCACCAAAAACAUCCAACCCUGAAAGUAUUGCCCCAGGUUAUGGUGGUCCCUUAAAGAAUGUUCCAUCUGAGAAGUUCAACAGUACAGCAAUGCCCAGAUCCUAUCAGUCCCCCUGGGAACAGGCACUUAUUAAUAACCCCUCUCUGGCCGACACUCUGGUCACCCAUAUGCCUGAACCCGAGCCCAGGCAUGAGAUACCUCAAUACAAGAGCUUCAACAGGGUGGCUAUUCCAUUUGGUGGCUUUGGCAAAGCACCCAGAGCCGCUGUUAAACCUCGUGAUGUGGACCCCGGCCUCGGCCUUCCCAGUCCCUUACCCAAAGAACCUGUAGCUGACCCGGUGAUCAAGCGGCUCACAUUCAACAGAACAGCCUCGGGCUGGAUUGGUGACAGCGCCCCUCUGAUACUUCCUACUGUCCCAAUUGAGCCCAUAUCAUCCAUGUCUUCCACAUUUAUCCCUGAGUCAGAUGACCUCUGAGCAUUAUCACAGUUUAUGUGCACUUCAUUGCCACUAUAAUACACGUGGCACUUUCAAAGAAUGUUUAAUAUAUAGCUAACAUUGUUUCAUGGUUAAAUCAGGCUAGGCCAGGAAUUACAGUGUAUUAAUGAUAUUUCUUUUUAUUGUCUUAGAAGAAUAAAAAUGGCUCUCGGUGCAAACUGGAAUAUACAUAGUGAAAAAACAUUUCAAUACAUUAUAUUCUAAAGCAAGGCAUAUUUUCUACCAAAAAAUAUUUUAUGCAGCAAAGGAAUUUUGUUCCUUGGAGUAUUGGAAUUGUCUCCUAAUGUUUUAGUCCAACAUAAAAGUGGAAUAGAUCUAUUUACAUGCAAACUUCACAAAUCUUAUGCAACCCAAAGAUGGGCUUGCUGAGAUACAGUACACCUGUAUAAACCUGUAAAUAUACAGUACAUGUUUAAAUGGCUGGUGACAUCAACACGUUUAUUUAAAUAAAAAGUUUAAUGAGCAUAUGUUCUGUUUUCAUGCAUUUUCAAAUCAAUAAAAUGACA